AUGCUGACAUUGGAAGAUUUAGAAAAGAACAACGUUGAAGAAGAUAUGAUAGACAAUGAGAUCUUAGAAUCUUCAACUUCUGAUAUAAUCAAUAGAACGAAAUUAUUAGAUAAUGAUAUUAAAGUAAUGAGAUCAGAAUCACAACGUUUAACUCAUGAAAAGACAAUGAUGUUAGAUAGAAUAAAAGAUAAUCAAGAGAAAAUCAACAAUAAUAAACAAUUACCUUAUUUAGUUGGAAAUGUAGUUGAAUUAUUAGAUUUAGAUGUUGAUAAAGAAGCAAUUGAACAAGGAGCAAAUAUUGAUAUUGAUGCUGCAAGAGCUGGGAAAUCAGCAGUUAUAAAAACAUCAACUAGACAAACUAUCUUCUUACCCAUGAUUGGUUUAGUUGAUCCUACAACAUUGAAACCAAAUGAUUUAAUUGGGGUUAAUAAAGAUUCAUAUCUUAUUUUAGAUACAUUACCUUCAGAAUAUGAUUCUAGAGUUAAAGCUAUGGAAGUGGAUGAAAAACCAACAGAAGAUUAUUCAGAUAUUGGUGGUUUAGAUAAACAAAUUGAAGAAUUAAUUGAAGCGGUAGUCUUACCUAUGAAACAAGCUGAGAAAUUCCAAACUUUAGGUAUUAAACCACCAAAGGGGGCAUUGAUGUAUGGUCCCCCAGGUACCGGGAAAACAUUAUUAGCAAGAGCUUGUGCUGCUCAAUCAGGGGCUACAUUUUUAAAAUUGGCUGCUCCUCAAUUAGUACAAAUGUUCAUUGGGGAUGGGGCAAAAUUAGUACGAGAUGCUUUUGCUUUAGCUAAGGAGAAAGCUCCAACAAUUAUUUUUAUUGAUGAAUUAGACGCUAUUGGUACUAAGAGAUUUGAUAGUGAUAAGAGUGGUGAUAGAGAAGUUCAAAGAACAAUGUUGGAAUUAUUAAAUCAAUUAGAUGGGUUUGGAUCUGAUGAUAGAGUUAAAGUAUUAGCUGCAACUAAUAGAGUUGAUACUUUAGAUCCAGCAUUAUUAAGAUCAGGGAGAUUGGAUAGAAAGAUUGAAUUCCCAUUACCUUCUGAAGAAGCAAGAGAAUCAGUAUUGAAGAUUCAUGCAAGAAAACUUCAUUGUGAUACUAAUUCUAUAAAUUGGAGAGAAUUGGCAAGAUCUACUGAUGAAUUCAAUAGUGCUCAAUUGAAAGCAGUUACAGUAGAAGCAGGUAUGAUUGCUUUAAGAAAUGGGAAAUCAAUUAUUAAACAUGAAGAUUUCGUUGAAGCAAUUGGUGAAGUUCAAGCAAGAAAAUCAAAAUCAGUUAAUUUCUAUGCAUAG